GCUGCUAUAUUCUUUUUCCAUCACUUCCCUUUCCAAGGCUACAGAAAGCUGGGAGCUCUUCCCCACGCAGAAUGCCUGCUUUGCCUAGCCCUCCUCUUCCAUUGUCUAAUCCCUUCAUCCCGGCUGGGGAAAGGGACGGCUCCAGGUCCUUCCGUUUGGAGGACUCUUACUGAAUGCAGCAUAGCUACUGCUGGUGUUUAUUGGCCUUCUGUUGUGGCCUGAGGGAUCUGUUUAUGAGUUUAUGGUUUCUCAGAGCAAUAGAACAGUCUGAGGUCUCUGCAAAUCUUGAAGCUUUGGGCUCAAUCCUACCAUCAAACUCUGGCCUUUGCCUGUUAAUAAAUGGAUUCGGAUUUCUACCCGUGGCUCUGAGAUCUCCGGAAUCUGCUGGUGAUAUCUCGAAUCUUUCCGAACGUCAGGGUUCUUUAGAAUUCUGAGCGUUAGGGAUCUCAGGCCUCUCGAGGAUCUUGGAGCCAGCGAUCCGUUGGAUCUUUCACAGACUAGGAGGUAAGCCUGUUCGUUCUGCCCUAACCCGGGUUUGUGGCUUCUUUGAAACAGAGACAGCUAACAUCCUUAGGACUCUUUCAGGUUCAGGUCUUCAGGCCCAGAGUCUCAAUGGUGUUGGGAGGUCUUCAAAGAUCAUUUCAGCAGAGACAGUCAAAAGUGCCAGGUCCUUGAGUCUCCACUCUGAGGCCAGCUCUCUCCCUACGCACCCUACCCCCUUCCCCGCUUCUGAUUUCAGUGUUCUGGCGUUUUAGAUAAGUGCACUUGGGUUCGGUCUCUAUAAAAGAGCGCGAGAAGCUCCCUACAGGGUUAACAGGAUACCCUGGACCAGGCGGCUUACUGCACUCCCGCAGAGGGCCGUGCAGCACGAAGCCUCCUGGGAUAAGUAGUCUGCAGGCAGGUUGCGAAUGCCGCAAGGUCUGCUGGGAGUUGUAGUUCUCGGACAAGGAGAGCCAAGGCUGCUGGCAGCGCUGGGAGGUGUCGUGAGUACGUGGGCGGGGCCCAAAGUUCCACCGCGUCCCCGGAGUCUCCCGAGGGAGGGAACUGGAGCCUUUUCCCGCUCUGGCCGGGGCUGUCAAAAAUGAGGGCUGAUCCCAACUGAGUUCAACCCAGGCCGCCACACUCAGUCUGACCUGGCGGAUAAUAUCUGACUCAAAGACGGUCGCAGGGCCACGAGAAAAAACAGGGAAGCCCCUUUACUGAGUCAUGCUGUGAUCUCCGAGAAGAAAGUGGAGGAUACUCCUUCUGGUCUUGAAGGACGUGGUUGUAUUUCCUCCCUUUUGUUCUUUCCCCACCCCUGCUUUUGGCCUCUAAGUGGCCUUUGUACGCCAGAGCGGAACUCCAAGUCCCGGCAGGCCGCGAGGCGCGCGCACGCGUAGUGGAGAUGCUCGGCCACGCGGCAGGAGGAGGGCUGAUGAUUUGGCAUCUGAUUGGUCCCGUGUUUUAUGAGUCUUUUUGCUGAUUGGCUGAGGUUGCUGCCGGAAAGGCCCCAGCCGGAGAUGGAAGAGCAGAGGCGUUCUGUAGGGCUGGGUUGAAAGCCUCCUCCCUCAAAUAGCAUCGGCCUGACCCCCAGCCCAGGGGGCACCUAGCCAGCGGUUGUCCUCCCUUACUCUAGCAGUGCUUGUACUCGGUAUUAACCGAGACACAAAGAACGGGUCACGCUCGGGGGUCAGGGAGGAGAGUGACCAGUCCUGGGCGGUCCUCGCAUACCCUGCGACCAGAACUCCAGCCCUAGGGAGUGGGCAGGGCUUCUUGCCGCGCCUCACUCUCUGCUUUUCGCCUCCUUCAGCGUUGUCUGCUAGCUGGUUUUCCUGAUCUCUCUCCCAGGAGACGAACGCUUGAGCCUGAGAUGGCAGCCACCCUGCUCAUGGCUGGGUCCCAGAUCAGACUUAAUGCCAUUGCCUUCUCGACAUUUCUAACCAUGUCUCUAAUUUCAAGAAGAAAAACUGGUAGUAAACACCUAGAUACUAAGUAGUGAGGAAGCAUUGUGUGAUUUCAGGCCCCUGUGACAUUUGAAGAUAUGGCCAUGUACCUCACUCGGGAAGAAUGGAGACCUCUGGAUCCUACACAAAGAGACCUUUACAGGGACGUGAUGCAGGAGAAUUAUGGAAAUGUUGUCUCACUGGAUUUUGAGAUCAGGAGUGAGAACGAAGCAAACUCGAAACAAGAGCUUAGUGAAGAUGUAGAAUUUGUGACCAUGUCCGAAGAGCCUGUCGGGGAUGCCGAGAAGAAUCCUGAAAGUGAAGAGGCCUUUGAAAGUGGGGACAGGUCCGAAAGACCGUGGGAAGACCUGACAGCGGAAGAGUGGGUCAGCUACCCUCUCCAGCAAGUCACCGACCUGCUUGUCCACAAGGAGGUCCACGCAGACAUCCGCUAUCACAUAUGUUCCCAGUGUGGAAAGGCCUUCAGUCAGAUCUCCGACCUCAAUCGACACCAGAAGACCCACACGGGAGACAGGCCCUAUAAGUGUUACGAGUGUGGAAAGGCCUUCAGCCGCAGCUCCCACCUUAUUCAGCACCAGCGAACACACACUGGCGAGCGGCCGUACGACUGCAGCGAGUGCGGGAAAAGCUUUGGCCGGAGCUCUCACCUCAUCCAGCACCAGACCAUCCACACCGGGGAGAAGCCGCACAAGUGCAACGAGUGUGGGAAAAGCUUCUGCCGCCUCUCUCACCUCAUCCAGCACCAGAGGACGCACAGUGGCGAGAAACCGUACGAGUGUGAGGAAUGCGGGAAAAGCUUCAGCCGCAGCUCCCACCUGGCUCAGCACCAGAGGACCCACACGGGCGAGAAGCCCUAUGAGUGUAAUGAGUGUGGGCGAGGCUUCAGUGAGAGAUCUGACCUCAUCAAACACUACCGUGUGCACACGGGGGAGAGGCCCUACAAGUGCGACGAGUGCGGGAAGAAUUUCAGUCAGAACUCUGACCUUGUGCGGCACCGCAGGGCCCACACGGGGGAGAAACCGUACCACUGUAACGAGUGCGGGGAAAACUUCAGCCGCAUCUCACACCUGGUGCAGCACCAGAGGACGCACACGGGCGAGAAGCCGUAUGAGUGCACCGCCUGUGGGAAAAGCUUCAGCCGGAGCUCCCACCUGAUCACACACCAGAAAAUUCACACUGGGGAGAAGCCCUACGAGUGUACUGAGUGCUGGCGAAGCUUCGGGGAGAGGUCGGAUCUGAUUAAGCACCAGAGGACCCACACGGGAGAAAAGCCCUAUGAGUGUGCGCAGUGUGGAAAGGGAUUUACACAGAGCUCCAACCUCAUCACCCAUCAGAGGGUUCACACUGGAGAGAAGCCUUACGAGUGUACUGAAUGUGAUAAGAGUUUCAGCCGGAGCUCAGCUCUUAUUAAACACAAGAGAGUCCAUACUGACUGAGUCCUGUAACCCUGAGUAAGAAAUGACUCAUUUGAAGGUACAGUUAUAUUUGAUAUCAGUGAGCUUCCUUAAGCCUGACUUUCCUUGUCGUGGGCCACAGUUUAAAACAUGGAAGAAGACAGCCUUUUUGAAAUUCCGACCCACAGCUUUGGGGAUGUUAUCCCCUCCUCCGAAAUAGUUAUUUUUAUUCAUUGAUUAUUAUAUGAAUCGCUUCAUCAAAAUCAGCCCCCAUCCCAAGUCAGUUGAAAACUGAAGGCCAGAGGACAAGAUGGUGCAUGCUUGGGCCUGGAGAUGGAGUAGAUCUUUCAAGUUUUUUUCUCCUAUCUUUGGCCCAAAAAGACUGCAGUGGGAAUGUAGGACCGAGACAGGGUGGUCGCAGCUGCUUUGGCAGAAGGCAGGCAGACUUGUCCUGGGUUGCCACUGUUCACACACUGAAGUAGCUGGGCUCAUGCACUUCCCUUCCAAAGGGCUUUUUCCUUGAGUGGCUCAGAUUUGUAUCUUGCCAUCCUGCACACAGGAUUCUGCACGCUGAGGGCAGUGAUCACAUCGUUUCUCCUUGUUUCUCCCUCGUGUAUAGCUUGCAUGUUUUUGAAAGCUACCUGAAGAUACAAUGUGAAGGGAAGAAGGAGGUUCAGCUUUGAGGACCAAGGGCCCAUGGAUGGUGGUGACCUUAGCAAGAGGUUCCCAUUGACGCGGUCAUUAAUCAGGGUUACGUAUUUCCUUCAGAAAUCACUUUAGGGAUCAUAGUAUGGAAACUGCCUUUAGGAAAAGAUAGGCCUGUGAGUGAUGAUGGGAGUAGGCAGUGAAUUGAGCCCUCCAGGGAAGGGGGCACAGAGCCCUUCCCAGGGAACGUCAGUCAGUUCUGUGUUCUCUGCCAUCUAACUUUCCAGAUCACUGGCCCCUGUACUGGUAACUCUAGGGUCUGAUAGAGCCACACCCCAGUCUUUAUCUUAGCUUGCAUAAAGGCAUGUGUAUGUACAGUGAAAUGUGUAUUCUAAUAGCAGAAACCGAAGUCAUAAGAAUCAGCAUGUUUUUGCGUGAUGUAGAUCAUAAGAUAGAACUGUAGACAUAACUCCGAUGUGAGAAAUGUCCUUUACUUUUCUCUUGUUCCGGGAAAAAAUUUGAAAACUCGUGCCAGGCGUGCACUCUCCUGUAAGGUUUGGUUUUGUAUAGAACUAAACUCUUGUUUGUAUGUGUCCGUCAAUUGUGAGAUGACUGGACAAUUAAGUCCAUUGUCCUUUCUCAGACUGAAUUAUCUUCUCCUGUGAUGAAAACCUCUUCGGCAUCAUCAGAAGAAACAAAUAAAUCUAAAGAGGAAUGUGUUUCCAGCCUCCAGAUACAAAUAGUUUAAGCAAGAGUUGAUCCAGUGUAGCCCAGUACCCAGUUCUCCUUAUCUCAGCCCAAGUAGGAAUUACAAGCUAGCCGGAUAUUGGUGCUUAGUCAGUCCUGUGGGGAUGGAAGGGAGUCGGUGCCCAGCCUAUUUCUAUGGUGCUUAGUACAAAGUUGCAAACAUUAACUUUUUUUUUUUU